AUGUCAGACCUAACCCUGCACGUUUGUCAACGCAAUGCAAUUGUAACCAAGGAGUUUUCAUUGGUCAACUCACAUUUGAAGACCGCUGAACGUGAGAUUGAGACCCAGCAACUCACAAUUAUUGAACUUCAAAGCCAAGAUGAAGAGUCAAAGAAAGAAUGCAAGGAAUUUGCCCUUCAGUUAAAUGCCACUCAAUCUCAGACCAACCAUCUUCAGAGCCUACUCUCUACGUAUCUGAAGUUGCAGGGGGUUCAAACCAGCAAUCUAGGAGGUGCAUCCACAGUGUCAGAGCUCAUUGUUGGCAAUGUUGAAGCAUUGAGCAUAGAGGACUCCUGUAAAUUAACGGAAAUCAUGAACAAAUCUCUUGCAACCUUGUAUGGGGUGAAGAAAUUCAGUCCAAAGGAACACAGUCAAUAUCCUCAAGUGUCAAAGUCUCAUAUGGAAUGGCCAUCUCAAAACAAAGGCAGGGUUAAGAAGCUGUUGCAUCAAUUCAAGUGGGACAAGCUGUACAACUCACCAGUGAACCAGCCUAUGUUCAAUGCCUGGGUUGAUCAUUUGAUUACAAAGGGGCCUGGACUUACAGGACACCUUGACUUACCUUCAAGCAUUCUGAACCAGAGGGUAGUAUCCUCCCAAUGCUCAAAGCGGUAUUUGGCUAUCAAGCAGCAGGUUAUGCAAUACUAUGGCAAGAAGAAACAGCAGGUUGUUGGGAUAAAGCAAUGCAGGGAGGGACUUGAUGCGCCAGAGGGUAGCAUCAACAGAGCAGAACUACCAACCAAAGAUACAGUGAACGUCAGACCUGGUGAUCAGGUAUAUGAUAAUCCUGGAUAUGAUGGCGCACCUUUAGGCAAUCCUAGCCUGCUUCAAAUUCCAGCUCAGGCUGGUGGGGUAGUGGACCUCCCAAUGCUUGACAGGGCUCCUCACAACUGUCCUAGACGUCCUUAA